AUGACAGCCGACGAUGACCGACGAUUUUGUUCUAUAAGAAGUUCGAAAAAGCUCAGUGUCUUGAAUUGUGAAGUUUUGCCGUAUCUUUGUCGUAUUUCACUAGACCUCUCACCCAUCGAUCAGCACUCCUUCAACGACUUCAAUAUCUUUGCAAUGAAAAUGCUCCAACAACUAUUAGUAGUUGAUUUCACGAACCUCGAAACAACAAUUUCUUUGCGUUCGAAAGUACAAUUUGUUUCGCACAACUUCAUGCAUGCACGACCACUUUCUGUAGAAAGAUGUAUUGCUUGCCUCUUUUCUGCAUAA